AUGCCGAAACAAUCCUUGGAGUUGAUUGACUACUUGGGCCCCGUCGCCGCGGCCGUUAUCUUCUUCUCGACCAUGUUCAUCUUGUCGGUAACGGUCAUCUUGUGGUGCUUCGUCACUCCCAACGACGACAAGACCGUGUUUGCUAAGGUAAGUUGCUUUUAUUUUUUAAUUGUUGAAGAUUGUUGUUAAUUGAAAGUGCUACUAAAGAUUCUAGAACAUUUCAAGUUUUCGUGGUGGGACUUAUUUUAAAAUACGAUUUUAGGUUAUAGAGGUUCAAAUUCAUGAUUCUAUAUUUACAUAAAGUUAAAUUUGUGUAUUUCAUGAAAGAUUUGUUAUUUUGCCAUGUUUUCGUGGUGUGACCUAAAAAGAACAAAGUAACUGCCGUAUUUUACUGUAAAAAUUAUCUUAUUUUGUCAUAACUUAUAGAAAAAUAAUAAAAACUUUAAUUUCAGUACGGUCUUGGCCCACAACCCAAAAACCCCCGAACAUACCAACGCGACGGUAUUCUCAAGGAUUAG